AUGGCAAGUGAAGCGGAUGCUACACCCGAAAUAUGCUCCUUCUCAAGACUCUAUCCUCCACACAGAGAGAAGUAUCUGCAGGAGGCUUGGUUCAUUGUUGAAUCCGCUCUCAGCGAAUACGGCAUCGACUGCGAGCUCAACCUGGUGGAACGUUGUAUGAUUGUUUCAACGACGGCGAAGACGAGAGAUCCGUACAUGUUCGUCAAAGCUAAGGAUUUGCUUAGGCUUCUGGCGAGAAGUGUCUCCGCUCCUCAGGCAAUUAAGAUUCUGAAAGAUGACAUGUAUUCUGAGAUCAUCAACAUUCGACAUUUGGUUCCGAAAAAGAAAAGAUAUGUGGAAAGGAGGCAGCAGCUUUUGGGUCCUAAUUCUUCCAACUUGAAGACGCUGGAAGACGUAACCGGCUGUUACAUUCGAGUUCAGGGAAAAACUGUGGCCGUAAUGGGUUCUUCUCGAGGUGUCAAUAAAGUCAGAUUGGCUGUGGAAAAGUGCAUGAACGACAAGGGCAAACAGGAAGACAACAGUCUCGAGGAGUUCUACGAAAGCCAGAAACUCCUAGAGGAGAAGGAAGAAGAGGAUGCUAUGGAAUUUUUACUCCUUGCCCAGAAGCUAGGAGUUGUUACUAUCAAGGAUACUGAUCCUCCCACUUUCUCACUGUCCAUCGCCUCUAUGCAAUUUCCCCAACCGUCUUAA